AUGAGCGAAGAUUGGAUUGAGGAAGCAAAGAAAUUUUUUGAAUGUCGAGAUGACGAUGUCACUCAACCACUGUUUGUAUCUGGAGGAGCUAUUAACGAAAAAACAGAAGAAAAUCAUCGCAAACGCUUGGCUAAAGUGGAAAAGAAUAUCAAGAAUAUCACUUCGUUCAACGGUCUCAAAAAGCUUUUGCAAGGCAAUACUGUUAUCGAGGAUAAUUACUCGGCCGAAUCAAAUGAUAAUGAGCUUCGAUGCAUUUUCUGGAACUGUGGAGGGUUGAUUUCGAAACUGGAAAAGACAACAACUUUCCUCGAAUAUGUCACCCAGAAACGUCCAGAUAUAAUUUUCCUAAACGAACUUAAAUGCUUGGAGGAAAAAUUUGGCAACGGUGACAACGAGGAAACAACGGUCAAAAAAUUAGCCCGCUUCCUCGAUUAUGAAUGCAUCUAUGUACCAUCCACCUCUGAAAACGGUCGCUCAAAGCGUGGCUCGGCUAUUCUUUAUCGAAAAAAUGCCGAAGAAAAGUUC